UGCGGCCAUCAGACAGACUGCGGCCGCCAAACGCGUCGCGACCCGGCCGCUGCAGUGGCAGUCACACCCGCGCGAUCGUCGUCCCCUUCUCUCAUGACAGUGGCAGUGCCUCACUCUUGUGACGUAUGACACAGCUAGAGUUUGCCUAGAGCAAGUAUGGCGAGGAUGGUGGGGGUGUAUCUUGGUGUGUUAUUAGUGGCAUUGGCUGUAGCCAAGUCCGAUGGAUUCUCCGGAUUCGAGGUCAAUCGCUCGCCGCCUCCAGGAGGACCCAACGUGUGUGGAUCCCGCCACCGGACUUUCUGCUGCCCGGGAUGGUCUCAGAAGCCCGGCAACAACCUUUGUAUAAUACCCGUUUGCGUGAGAAAUUGCGGCAGAGGCGGAAGAUGCGUGAGGCCCAACUUGUGUAUGUGCAUCGGCGGUAUCAUAUCGCCUGUCUGUGGUAUGAGAGGAAAUGGUUUCGGCGGUGGCGGUGUUCUUGGCGGAGGAGGCACUGCAGGUGUUAAUGGUAUCAUAGGCGGAGGAGGCACCGCAGGUGGUGGUGGCAUCAUUGGUGGAGGAGGCACCACAGGAGGAGGUGGCAUUAUUGGCGGAGGAGGCACUACAGGAGGAGGUGGUAUUAUUGGCGGAGGAGGCACCACAGGAGGGGGUGGUAUCAUUGGCGGAGGCGGCACCACAGGAGGAGGUGGUAUUAUUGGCGGAGGAGGCAGCACAGGAGGUGGUAUUAAUGGCGGAGGAGGCACCACCGGAGGAGGUGGUAUCACAGGAGGUGGUGGUAUCACAGGAGGAGGUGGCAUCACCGGCGGUGGAGGAAGAGCUGUGUGUCAUGAACCAUGCCUUAAUGGUGGAAAAUGUGUGGGCCCAGAUCGUUGUGCCUGUGUUUACGGAUUUACUGGCCGUAGAUGUGAAGCAGAUUACCGUACUGGCCCGUGCUUUACCAAAGUUCAGCAUGACAUGUGCCAGGGACAGCUGCCUGGAGUUGUUUGUACCAAACAGUUGUGCUGUGCUACAAUAGGCAAAGCAUGGGGCCACCCAUGUGAACACUGUCCAUCAAGACUUGAUUGUAAUAAGGGUUUCCUGAAAAACAUACACAGUGGAAAUUGUGUUGACAUAGAUGAAUGUGAAGCCAUUCCAGGCUUGUGUGAGGGAGGUAUUUGUGUCAACAACAUAGGGUCUUUUACUUGUGAGUGUCCAGAAGGACAGGCAAGAAACCCAGAGACCAAUGCCUGUGAGGACCGAAAUGAAUGUGCUGAGGGAGACCAGUGUGAGAAUGGUCAAUGUGUUAAUACAGAUGGGAGUUUCUAUUGCAGCUGCAAUACAGGCUUCAUUCCUAGUCAGGAUCGUAAAAAAUGUAUUGAUGCACGCCAAGGAUUUUGCUACACGGAAAUCAAUAGCAAUAAUCGGUGCAGAAAGCCACUAGCCAUACCCCUUACGCGUCAUGCUUGCUGUUGCAGCAAGAAUAUGGGGAAGGCUUGGGGUGAAGGGCACAAUGAGUGCUUGCCUUGUCCUAUGCCUGGAGAAGAAUCGUACCAGACUCUCUGUGAGCAGCCAGGCUCUCUUAUGCCUCCUGUGGAUGAGUGCACUCUAAAUCCUGGUCAAUGUGGUGAAGGAGGUCAUUGCAUUGAUACAGCCACGGGCUACAUCUGCCAGUGUUACGAGGGAUUCACCAACAUCCAACCUUCAGACAGAUGUGUCGAUGUGGAUGAGUGCCAGGAUGGAGCUUGUCGUGGGGGCCGGUGUUACAAUUCCAUAGGCAGCUUCAGUUGUCACUGUCCUACUGGUUUUGACUUGUCUUCAGAUGGACGUACCUGUAUUGAUCAUGAUGAAUGCAGUGAAACAGGCAUGUGUGCAAAUGGUGUCUGCACAAAUAUGGAUGGAUCCUUUAAGUGUGUAUGCAAUGAUGGAUUCAUUUUAUCCUCAUCAGGCUUUGCUUGUACAGACAUUGAUGAAUGUGAGGAAAACCCAAGAAUUUGCUUAUUUGGUCGUUGUGAGAAUUUAGAUGGCAGUUAUCGCUGUGUGUGCAAUGAUGGCUACACACAUGUCAAGGAUGGUAGCUUUUGCACUGAUGUUGAUGAAUGCGGUGAGACAGGCAUGUGCGAUCAUGGCUCAUGUGUUAACAUGGAUGGAUCCUUCAAGUGCGUAUGUCAUGCUGGAUACACCUUGUCUCCUAAUGGGAAGACUUGUAUUGACAUGGAUGAGUGUAGCUCAGGGCCUUGUAAAAAUGGUCAGUGCAUCAAUACGGAAGGAAGUUUUAGGUGUGAAUGUCCACCAGGUUUCACCCUUGGGGUUAAUGGUGUCACAUGCCUUGAUACAAAACUGGACUUCUGUUAUGCCAUGUAUCGUGAUGGCCAGUGUUCCAAUCCAUCGACAACGCCUACCACAAAAUCUGCUUGUUGCUGCUGUACGGUAAUCUUGGGUCAGCCAAUGGGUUGGGGGACACCAUGCCAAGCCUGUCCACAACCUGGCUCCCAGGAAUUUCUUGGCCUCUGCCCUCAUGGGUUUGGCAUCACACACGAGGGUCAUGACAUCAAUGAGUGUGCCCUGAAUCCUGCUAUUUGCCGCAAUGGAGCUUGUGAGAACCUAGAGGGAGGCUACAGAUGCAUCUGUAAUCCUGGCUACAUGGUGGAUGACAGCGGACGGCAGUGUCAUGACAUUAAUGAGUGUGCCAUUGACAACCUUCUAUGUGAUGGUGGUCAGUGUCGGAACACACCAGGGAGUUACCAGUGCAUCUGUCCUUCUGGUACUCAGCUGAAUCCUAACACCCAUGUUUGCAGUGAUGUGGAUGAGUGCAAUGAGUUAGGAGAAGAUGCUUGCGUUGGAGGCACCUGUGUAAAUGUCAUUGGUUCUUAUAGGUGUGAGUGUGAUGAAGGUACCAUUCUAGACUCCACUGGCAGAUACUGUAUUGAUAAUCGACGUGGAUCCUGUUGGACAAAAGUAAAAGAUGGCAGAUGUGAAAAUAAUAUCCCCAAAUUAACUCUCAAGUCAGAGUGUUGCUGCACCAUUGGUAAAGCAUGGGGUUCACCUUGUGAAGUCUGCAAUCCAGCUGAUUGCGACUGUCCAAUUGGUUUUGCCAAGAUGGAUGGCAAGACAUGCCAGGACAUCGAUGAAUGUCAACUGAACCCAGGAAUAUGUCAAGGAGGAGGCGAGUGUAUCAAUACAGAGGGUUCCUUUACCUGUAACUGUCCCCCUGGCCUCACCCUGGAUGAGAGCAAGACCAAAUGUCUUGAUCUCAGAGAGGAAGUCUGCUUCCUGGACUAUAGGAAUGGUAUUUGCACAAAGGAACUAGAGGGUCUCUUCCGCAAAUCAAUAUGUUGUUGCACAGUUGGUAAGGCUUGGGGUGAGGAAUGUGAAGCUUGCCCACGCCCGGGCACAGAAGCCUUUGAAGAACUCUGCCCAAAGAGCUAUGGCUAUGAUGGCAGAAAAGAUGUAAAUGAAUGUACAAAAUACCCUGAUAUGUGUGAGAAUGGCCGCUGCAGAAAUUCCAUUGGGUCCUUCUCUUGCCGCUGCAAUCAAGGCUAUGCUCUGGAUGAGGAUGGUGUUAAGUGUGUUGACAUUGAUGAGUGUGGAAUCAUGCGAGGAGUCUGUGGCAAUGGAACCUGCCAGAACACUGCUGGCUCUUUCAUCUGUGACUGUGAUGAGGGCUUUGAAUCCACUAUGAUGAUGCAAGUUUGUAUGGAUAUUGAUGAAUGUGAGCGGAUUCCCGGACUUUGUCGUGGUGGACGCUGUAUCAAUACACCAGGCAGCUUCAGGUGUGAGUGCCCUCCAGGCCAUGAGCUCUCUGCCAACCAGCGGUAUUGUAAGGAUAUUGAUGAAUGCUCACAGUCAUCAGGUAUCUGCUCAAAUGGUGUGUGUGAAAACAUGAUGGGAACAUAUCAGUGUAUGUGCAAUGAUGGCUACCAGCAAACAGGCCAGAAGUCUCAUUGUGAAGAUAUUGAUGAGUGCGGCGUCAACAAUGGUGGUUGUGAUGAUAUAUGCAUCAAUACCCCUGGAUUGUUUUCCUGCUCAUGUUCCUCGGGCUAUAUGCUGCAUAUGGAUGGACGUUCUUGUACUGAUGUUGAUGAGUGUAAAGAGAAUUCCAAGAUUUGCAAUGGAGGGGUGUGCUCAAAUACCCCAGGCGCUUAUGUGUGUACCUGUGAAGGCGGUCUUAUUCCUGAUUCUGAUGGACCAGGUUGUCUUGAUGUUGAUGAGUGCGAUAUGAAUCCUAACCUGUGUCAGAACGGUAAAUGCGACAAUGUUGCUGGCUCAUUUGCAUGCCGUUGUGAAGAUGGUUAUAGCGUGAAGUCGGAGUUGGGGCCUGGCUGUACUGACGAUGAUGAGUGCACAAUGGGUAGUUUCCAUUGUGAUCAGAAUGCAGAAUGUAUUAAUGUAGAUGGAACAUAUGAUUGCCGCUGCCGAGAUGGUUUUACAGGUAAUGGUAAAACUUGUCGAGAUGUCAAUGAAUGCCUCACCAACAAUGGUGGUUGUGACCGUGAUGCACAGUGUAUCAACACUGAUGGAUCCUUUAAGUGUGUCUGUGAUGCUGGCUUCAUAGGAGAUGGAUUCUUCUGCGAAGACAUAGAUGAAUGCACUCAAGAUCCUACAUUAUGUGAAAAUGGACAGUGCCUCAACUAUCCUGGAUCAUUCCAGUGUGACUGUGAAAUGGGUUUCAUGCAUCCAGAUCAACACACAAAGCAGUCUUGUGUGGAUAUUGAUGAAUGCGAUAUGUUCAGCAAUCUGUGUGUAUACGGACAAUGCGAGAAUAUUUAUGGCAUGUUCCGUUGCAUAUGUAAUGAAGGCUAUCACUUAGAUGAAACUGGAGGAAACUGUACAGAUAUUGAUGAGUGUGACAACCCAGAUAUAUGCCAGUUUGGUACCUGCAUCAAUCAACAAGGUACCCAUGUUUGUGAAUGUCCACCCAAUUAUGAACUGAUAAGCACGGGAGAUGGAUGUGUUGAUCGACGUGAGGGUGAAUGUUACCUGGACGUUGUAAAUGUUCGAGGUGGUCGUGGUAUAUGCCGUGAACCCUUAGGAGACCCAGUAACCAGAGCCACCUGCUGUUGCUCAGCCGGCAAAGCAUGGGGUCCACUGUGUGAAGUUUGUCCACCACAAGAUUCUGAUGAAUACAAGCAGCUAUGUCCAGGAGGACCAGGAUUUAGGCCUAAUAGUAUCACAGUCAUCUUGGAAGAUAUUGAUGAAUGUGCAGAGAUGGAGAACCUGUGUGGGAAUGGCCGAUGCUCUAAUACAUUUGGUGGAUUCAUGUGUUCUUGUGCUAGAGGGUACACCUUGAACAGCGGAGGCACUCUAUGUGUAGAUAUUAAUGAAUGUGCUGACCAUACUAAGUGUAAAAAUGGUCAAUGCAUCAACACAAUUGGAGGAUUUGAGUGUGAGUGCCCUCCAGAUUUCAGUUUACUACCCAAUAGGGCAGAGUGUGUGGAUAUGAGAGUUGAAACGUGCUUCACAAAGUAUGAAGAUGGAGUAUGUUCCCUUCCAAUGAGAAUGGAUAUCACAAGGAUGAAGUGCUGCUGCUCCCAAGGGAAAGCAUGGGGUGCUAACUGUGAACCAUGUCCUAGGGAAGACACAAGAGAAUAUGUGGAACUGUGCUACUCUGGCAUGGUAGGCCCAGGUUUACCUGGAGAGAGGAAGACUGGACAUGGUCCUGGAGAACCUGGUAUUAGGCCUAGACCUGGAGAACCUGGAUAUGAUGGUACCAGAGAUGGAGAAGAUGGAUAUGACUCAUAUGACAGAGAUAGAGAUGGCGGACGUGGCAAAGACAGAGACGGCGGUCGUGACUCACCUGGUAGAUUUGGGAAUGGCAGAGAUGAAGAUGAUAGAUCUAGACCAUCAGGCAGAGAUAGAAAUGGCACAUUUAGACCUGAACUUGGUCAACCGGGCAAGGUAUAUAAUCCUCAAACAGGAACACUCGAAGAUUUUGAUGAGUGUGAGUUGAUGGGUCACAUGAUGUGCAAAAAUGGAAGAUGUAUUAACACCAUGGGUUCCUUCCGCUGUGAAUGUGACCAUGGGUUCCGGUAUGAUGAGCCAAGUCACAUGUGUGUUGAUAUUAAUGAGUGUGAAGAACUGACUCCAUGUCAAGGAUUAGCCAAGUGUGAGAACACCUUGGGAAGCUACCGAUGCUCUUGUCCAACAGGUUACAAGAUCAACAGGCUUACUAAUGAUUGUGUUGAUAUCAAUGAAUGUGAGCAAGGAGGUGUAUGCCAACAUGGUGUCUGCAAUAAUUUCCAGGGAAGCUUCCAGUGCAUUUGUGACUCAGGAUAUGUAUUGACAGCAGACCGUUCCUCUUGCAUUGAUCUUGAUGAGUGUGUUCGUUCACCAAACAUCUGCAACAAUGGAACGUGUAUCAACUCUAUGGGUUCUUUCCGUUGCCAAUGUCACAGAGGCUUUAAAAUUGGACCCAAUCAUGACUGCAUUGAUGUGAAUGAAUGUCUCAUCAUUGUGGGCCUGUGUAGGAAUGGUCGUUGCCGCAACACAGAAGGAUCCUUCACCUGUGAGUGUGCUGAUGGCUAUACAUUGACACCUGAUGGAGAGCAGUGCCGUGAUGUUAACGAGUGUUCUGAGCGUAGUGAUGUAUGCCCAGUUCCAGGACGCUGUCAGAACCUCAUGGGCUCAUUUGUCUGCGAGUGUCCAGAUGGCUACAGUCUCACAUCAGAUGGCAUGGCAUGUGUUGACAUUGAUGAGUGUAGCACAGUUGAGGACAUCUGUGAAAAUGGUGAAUGCAUAAAUAAUCGAGGAAGCUUCCAGUGCAUCUGUCCAUCAGGCUUUGAGCUUAACCCAGAUGGGACCAAGUGUGUUGAUCAACGACAAGAACAGUGCUAUCAGAGAUACCAACAAGGUAUAUGUCUUGAACCAAGACCAGUAAGCAUCCUGAAAAAGGAGUGCUGUUGCUCAGGGGGUGCUGCCUGGGGUAUUGGUUGUGAACGCUGCCCUCCACGUAGAUCACCUGAGUUCGAGAAGCUGUGUCCCUCAGGGCUUGGCCGCUCUGAGUCAGGGGCUGAUCUUAAUGAGUGUGAGAUCAUGCCAGGCUCAUGUGAAGGUGGAGACUGUGUCAACACUGAUGGUUCUUUCCGCUGUGAAUGUCCAAUGGGCUAUGUGCUAGACAGCUCUGGUCGACGGUGCAUAGAUGAUAAUGAGUGUGCUGUGUCCAAUAUCUGUGGAAAUGGAACAUGCAGCAAUGUGGAAGGUGGAUUUGAAUGUUCGUGCCAGGAUGGCUUUGCUCCAGGACCCAUGCAGUCCUGCGAAGAUGUGGAUGAAUGUGAAGAGCUUGGUCACCAAUGUGCCUUCCGUUGCCACAAUAUGGCAGGCGCCUUUAGGUGCAUUUGUCCAUAUGGGUACACUCUUGCUCCAGAUGGCAGGCAUUGCCAAGAUGUUGAUGAGUGUUCUACUCCUGCAAACAACUGUCGGUUCCUGUGCAAGAAUUUGAUAGGAACAUUUAUGUGUAUUUGUCCUGAGGGAUAUCAACAAGUGGGAAUGACAGAUGACUGCAAAGAUAUUAAUGAAUGUGCCCUUAACCCAAAUAUUUGUAAAAGUGGAAGAUGUUCAAAUACAAAGGGCUCAUACAGGUGCGAAUGUUAUGAAGGUUUUGAACCUAGCAGAGAUGGGAAACAGUGCAUUGACCGCCGUGAAGGCUUCUGCUUUAGACAACUUAUUGGUGGUAUGUGUUCCACAAUAAGUGAUGACUUGAAGAAGGUAACAAAAGCCGACUGCUGCUGCACAAUGGGUCUUGCCUGGGGUCCAAUGUGUGAACACUGCCCACGUAAAGGCACUCCAGAGUAUAGUGCCAUUUGCAUGGAGGCAGGAUUCUCUGUGGAUGGCCUUGAUAUUGAUGAGUGUGAAAUGAUGCCAAAUCUUUGCAGAAAUGGAAAAUGUAUCAACACUAUGGGCUCAUAUCGCUGUAUCUGUAACAAAGGUUACAAACCAGAUCAUUCUGGAACUCGCUGUAUCGACGUAAAUGAGUGUGAAGCUACUCCUUCUCCUUGCAAGUUUACAUGCCAGAAUACCGAAGGAUCUUACAGAUGUUCCUGCCCACGUGGCUAUACGCUUAAUCCUGAUGGGAUCACCUGUCGUGACUUGGAUGAAUGUGCCACAGGUCAGCACACCUGUCAGCAUGAGUGCGUCAACACCCAGGGAUCAUACAAGUGUACUUGCUCCCAAGGCUAUAAUCAAGUUGGCGAGCAGUGUCUUGACAUCAACGAAUGUCAAGAACAGACAGGUCUGUGUGGUCCACUUGGCACUUGCAUUAAUACAAUGGGAAGUUUCAAGUGUAUGUGCCCAAGAGGCUACCGUGUAGACUCAACAGGCACAAUGUGCAUUGACUCUGAUGAAUGUGCCCUGGAUGGAAGCUGUGAAGCAGGUUGUGAUAAUAUUCAAGGAGGAUUCCAGUGUGGCUGCCCAGAUGGAUACAGACGUCACUACUAUUACAAUCAGUGUGUGGAUGAUGAUGAGUGUACAGCAAGUGCUGUGUGUGGCUCUGCUGACUGUCAGAACACCUUAGGUUCCUAUAAAUGUUUAUGUCCAAAUGGAUACUCUUUCAAUUUUGCUCUUCUGAUAUGUAUUCAGGUUGAUGACAACUGCCUGACCAGUCCAUGUGCUUUUGGUUGUAAUGCUUUGGAUGAUGAGUCUGUUGCUUGUGGUUGCCCUUCAGGCUUCUCGAGGAUUGGAUCUGGACAUUGUAUGUCUACACUCAACCCACCAGUGGGUAAUGGAGGAGGUAUUGGGGGCAUUGGAGGUAACAACUUUGGAGUUGGUAAUGGAUUUGGAAACCAGUUUGGCAACCAAUUUGGUGGAGGACCUGGAAGCCAGUUUGGUGGGCCUGGAGGCCAGUUUGGUGGAGGACCUGGAGGCCAGUUUGGUGGAGGACCUGGAGGCCAGUUUGGUGGAGGACCUGGAGGCCAGUUUGGUGGAUCUGGAGGCCAGUUUGGUGGAGGAACUGGAAACCAGUUUGGUGGACCUGGAGGCCAGUUUGGUGGAGGAACUGGAAGCCAGUUUGGUGGAGGACCUGGAGGCCAGUUUGGUGGAGGAUCUGGAGGCCAGUUUGGUAGAGGACCUGGAGGUCAGUUUGGUGGAGGAUUCACUCAGACUUACAGCUAUGGUACUAAUCAGUUUGACCUUGGUGGUGUACCAACAUAUCCCAUAGGACCACAAGAUCCACAUGGUGACAAUAAGAACAUCAUAUCCACUGAAGGAUGCUUCACAUGUAAGAAUGGAUUAACAGGACGCCGUCGUCGAUCUGUACAUGUGCCAUCAGUGAUAAACCAGCAGUUAUUCAUUCCAGCCCCAGUUAACUAUACAGAUGAUCAAGUUGUGCUGGUCCAUGCCAAUAACAACACGCACAGGAUAGUGCGGCGUAGUCUGGAGGACGAAUUUAGAAGACAAGACAGCAUAGCACACAAGGCAGCCAAAAAUCCAAUUGUUCUGAAGGUUUCCUUGAAGCAAACUAAGCACAGGAUGCAGCUUAUAAAAUUAAAACCAGCUUUAACAUAUCUCCAGAACAAUGUUAAAUAUGAAAUAAUCAAAGGAAAUGAAAACAAAGUAUUUGAUAUGAAGUCUCGGCAUGGGACCACAUCUCUACACUUCCAUCGUCGUCUGCACCGACCAGAAACCUUUGACUUGGAGAUCAGUGGGCAUCCACUGGAUUAUAAUAAUCUUGAAGAUACAAAUAAUGAUCUUGAUGUAAACAUUAGGAUCAUUGUUACACACUAAGACAAAACUAAAUGUAGUUACAUGUAUAGAGUUGUAAUGCAGAUUUUUAUUCCAUCUUUAAGAAUGAUAGGCAAAGAACAGUUUUAUCAUGAUAUUUUGUAAGUUAUAUUUGAAAAGAAGCUCAAAGAUAUAUUAUUGUACUGUAUGCUGCAUAGAGCAGUAAAGUUACAGGUUUUCAGUGUAAACCUAUUUAUGAAAAAAUUGUGAAGAGUAUAAGAUAAUCAAAAUAAUUAGUUAUUUUAUACAAUAGAAUAAUUGAAGCAUAAAUUGGUUAAGAAUAUUAUAGAUUGAUUCAUGGGUCAAGAAAAAAAUAUUGUAAGUUUUUUUUUUUUCUUUUUUUUUUUCUUUUUUUUUUUUUUUUUUAUAAAGCAUAAAACAUCUAGCAAAAUUUUGCAUAUGUAGAGUGAUAUACAUUUUUUUUCUGUUUAUUUUAUGUACAUUGAAGUUUAGUGUACUUAGUAGUCAUUAGUGCUUUCUUUCCUAUUAGUUAGUAACAUUAGUCAUUUGUAAAGCUGAAUGAGUUAUAGUACUAGAAUGAAUUAAUAUUAUAACGGUGAUAUUUUUGAAGGUGCUAAUAUAUGUUUGGCUUAGCUUACUUUCUCAUGUAGAGCUAAACUAGGGACCAGUUUUUAUAACAUUAUUUGGAGCAAAUGUGUAAUUUUACUGAGAGUAGCACAAUUGACUUUCAUUUGUUUUUUUCUUUCUUUACUGUGAAUAUUACAUCCACUCUUUGGUCUACUACAACUUCUACUAACAGUAAAUAUGUACACAGCUGUUCACAUGGGGUCUUGCAGAUAUAGCCCACCUGGCUGAUACUUAAUAAAAAUUAAUAGUCAUGAACUGCUAGUGCUUUACACCUUAGAACAGUAGCAACUGAAACUGAAAUAUUAAUCAUAUUCUUUUUUGUGUGAUUUUUCAUAAAAUAACAAAGGAAUUAGCUUUAUCAAUAAGUUCUCUAGGUGAGCUAUGAUGUAUGAUUUCGCACGUUGUGUGGUGUCCAACUAUCGAGCAAUCAUAAUGUCUAGUCCUGGGACAAUGUAUCUCCAUCGUGCUGCAUCCUUGUAGCCAUAGCAAAAUAUUAUUUAUGACUUUGGGGUCUUACUGUUUAUUGCACAUACUCUGCAAUUCAGGUUUCAUUAUAUUAAUGGCCUACAUCAUUUGUUAUUUGUAUUAUAUUAUUUUGUUCAUGCAUGUGCUCAUAUAUGCAUCUACAUAUGCAAGUACAUGCACCAUACAAAGACUUUAAUCAAGUGUGUGCACCCACACACCCACACAGACAUACACACAACUACACACUUAUAUAUUUAAGUAAAUCAGGGUAUUAGAUUUACCAUUUUUGUGACAUCAAAGUUUACACUUAUGGAGAUGCAGUGUCCAGUUCAGCCACAGUAUUGUUCACCCUCACUGCCAAAGGACAUCACCGUUGUCAUAUUAAAAACUCACCAUAACUGUUAAGUGAUAUCUGCUCAUCUUGUCAGUUUUCUGUUGAAGGAGUUAUUGCACACAUACUUUCAUAUAAGAUAGUAAAUGGUUCUGUCAAUCUUUAUUUGAUUAUUUUUCACUAACAAGUGCAAUCUCCUUUUACAGUGACACCCAUUCUCAUUGCCUGUUUUUACCAAGUUGUUAGAAAUGAUAAGAAAUGACUAUUGAAUCAAUCCAGAGUAAGUCAUUUUUGUCACAGUAUAUUUUAUGGUUGGUCAAAUUUUUGUAUGUAAUCCUGUGUGUAUAUAAAAAUGAAGAAUUAUUAUUAAGUAUCGCUGCACAAGUGUAUUUUUCCAUAAUUGUACUAUGAUACGGUCUUACUUUAUGAAAAAAGAAGAUUGCUUUCUCAUACUAAAUCAUUAGAUUGAAAGAUUUCUGAAAAAAAGUCAAAAGCAAAUUACAAGUGUUACUUUAACACUUCUAACACUUAGGUCUGCUGCUUCACCAUCAGUCACACUCCCUGGGUAACAUAAUAUAUGUGAGCUUGAGGACCUUUGAUAUUCAUCUCAGUCUCGCUGAUCUCGUAACAUCUGUGCCGUUACAUUGAUAAUCAUAGUCUCCUGCAUAACUCUGACUGCUUAUGAAGUCUUGUUUCAUAAUAAAUAUCACCAAAGCCUUA